AGUGUAUGCGCACGGCACGAAACACGAAGGUGGCACCGGGCACGGCCGAGGGAAAUUUCCCGCCUUCUGCCAUCAAAGACGCAUUGUAUUUGUUACCGCUGCGCGUAUAAGUAACGCUUAUUAACAAAAAAGACUGUUUUACAGUAUUUCGGUAUAUUAAUUAAGAGACAACAUUAGUUAGACAACAAGAGACAAAGUUGAUUUAACCUCAAUUACUUUGAAUCGUGUAUUAUUGAGAUAUCGCUCGUUGUGUAUGUGGUUAGACUAUUUCAACAUGGUUAAAAAAGAAGUUUAUUUGCGAUUCGGCAGUAGAAACAAAUGUAUUACAUUUGUAAGUAGAUCAGGAAUUUCUGAUUGGAAUAAUUUAAGAGAGGUUAUGCGACAAACUGCUGAAAAAGACGACGAUUUGAAGAGAAGGUUACUGAACUGCAGUGUUAUUUUCCAAAAAUAUAAAGUUAAAAAAAGUACUGGAGAGAAAAUAUUAGUGGAUGUCAAUGAAGAUGAAGAGCCUGAAGUCGAACAUGAUGCAGAUUUGGCUGUUGUGUUUUGUCGUUUAGAAGAUAUCUCCCAAAGUCAAGCACCUGAGAAUAAAACCGAAUCACAAAAUGUUGUCACUAUGGAAUCUCCUACUUCUUUAUUCUUUGAUUUAUCGAGUGAUGUGUUGAAAUGCCAUAAAAUUUUAAACGAAAUUGAAAAUGAUGUGAAUAUCAAAAAUGCUAAUGAUGACAUUGUUGGGACCUAUGAAGUAGGCAGUCCUGAGAAAAAUAUAGCUGAGAAAAAUGAAGAGAGUGUUAACUUACAAAUGACAGGUACAAUAACUAUGAAGCCAACAGAAAGUUUAUUAAAAAGGAAAUUAGAUACGAAAAGCAAACCAGAAAAGACUGUCAAGAAACCAAAAGGGCUGCCUUUUCAUGUUCCUAAUAUAUUACCUCAUUCUUUAUGCGAAUAUGCAAAACAUCCCAAUGGAAUUAUAAGACAUUCUUCGGAAUUUAUAAGACAUUACGCUGGAAUGUUAAGGACGCAGUUAAAUAACCAGAUCACCAAAGAGCAUUAUAAAGAAAUGGCAAAAAUAAUCGCAGAAAGACAUCCCAUAUUGGCUGAUGAAGGAGAAGAUGUGCCUUAUAACAGCAUUAGAAAAAGCUUAAGUGAAUGCGUUAGAAAUUUAAGAGCUCGGGAAAAAAGAAAAAUUAAGCAAUUUGUAAAAGAAGGUAACUCUUCCUCCAAUGAAGAAGAAAGUAAUUCUUCUGUACCAAAUCUUAAAAUGGCAUCCAUUCAUCCUGUUGAUACAGAAAGUUAUUCACAGGAAACUGAUAAAGAAAAGAAAAAGCAAGAAGUGAUGAUGGAAGAGUUAAAAACAUUAACUGAAAAUGUUGGUCUUACUUCUCACGUAAAGGCUUUAUUGAAAGAGACAUUCAUAAAAAGAAAAGAAAUUAUUGAUAUGUCAGAUACUAUAAGUACAGUCUUAUCUAAUUUUCCUUUUCUUUUGAAGGCUGAAAUGAUUCUCUUUGAAUUCAGUCUCCGAGUAAAUUUAAAGCUCAGUGAUAUAUUUGACAAAAUUGAUGCGUUAAUCGUGGAGCUAGGUUCUUUUCUUAAAAUACCAGAUGAUACAAUUUCAGAAAACAAAAAAUUAACUAUUUUACAAAAGAUUUACUCUGAGUACAAGCCAAAGAGGACAGCAAAAAAUGUUCAGCCGCUAUUCACUGUAAAGGAGGCUUCGUCGCCUCCUGGCGAGGAAUUGAUUACCAAAGAAACUGAAGGUCCACGACUAGUCAUUUAUGUAGAAAAUAAUGCUCCGGUUGCUGCUUUCGUUGUUGCGGAUGGAAGAAGAAUAAAAAUUAAUAAGCUAUCUGUCAUUGACUGUCUCAUGGUAUUACUAGGAACUUAUCAUGCAUGGGCAUCAGACUUUCCAGGACCGUAUGUUUCUUCGUUGUCCAUUUUUGAUUAUUUUGCUUUGGAAACGCCAAACAACUAUUCUUGCAAAAUAUUUGACGAUUUUAAACGAGAUUUUAGAAGAUGGCGUGCAAUUAUGUGUAAUCAAAAUGCUUGCCCAAAUACACAGCCUACACACAAUUAACUUGUAAAUGUAUGUGUGCAAGCUAUGUAUAUUAGCAUUUGAUAUUAACAGAUAUUGACAGAUUCGAUUUUUCUAUUUACAUUCUUUAUCAUUUUUAUAAAAAAUUUUGUUUAUUUUAUGAAUAAAUAGUUUAAGUCGACAUAGCAUUAAUGUUUGAAAACAUCUAUGUUAGAAAACAUGUUAGAAAACAUCUAUGUUAAAAUUUAGUAGUCAACAAUGUAAAAUGCUAUAACAUAUGAUGUUAUGUUGCAUCUAUCUUGUUGAGUGCGAAAUUUUAACAAAUAUAAUGUAACUAAUUCUCUAGCUCUGUAUCGGCUGUGGAAUACUUUAUUAUUAGAGCACAUGUAUUGUUAUAAAACAAUAUUUAAAAUGUCAUAUUUAGUUUUAAAGUUAUGUUAGCAAUGCUCACAUGUGCAAUGUAACAAGUAUUGUUUAAUGUUAACAAAAUUUUUAUGUUUAUUUCCUUUCUUUAAUUAUUUUAUCAAUCAUAUCUUGUAAUUAAAAU